AACGGCACGCUUGCAGGUGUAUGCUAAUUCCUUCAUGUCAUUAUAAGGUCACAACGAGCUAGCUAAUCAUAAAAAUUUAAGUUAAAUGAAAUUUUAGCCAUUAUUCGGCGACACGGAUGAACUCCUAAACCAACAGUACAGUCAGAAAAGCGCGUUAAUGACUUUAUAACGAGCCUUUAACGCUGUCUGCGAGCCGCUGGUCAGAUGAGCAGGCUACAGUGUGUCGGGACAUCCUCGAAAGUCCCCUCGAAGGAUGCAGAAGCUGCAAAACCAGGAAUCCUCAGCUUGAGAGGUGGCUGUACAAUUUCCACCUGUCUUAAUAAAACAGUCCUCAGAGAUGCACCAGAGAAUAAAUCAGUCCAGUCCCAAAAGCAGCCCCAGAAACCCAAACUGAGCUCUCGGCCAGAGGGACAUCAUCGGUCAGCGAUCACUGAGACAAGACGUGACAAAGGAAAUGUGGACAGAAACACAGUGGAUCCAGAGCCGGCGUCAGAAACUCCGAAUGCACAGCAGGAGAGCGGCUUUAAAAAGAUACAAGUCAAGCACAGAACAUCACGGAUCGAGACGUACACCAGUUUACAGGCUCCGUCGGCAGCAGACACGAGCACUCACAGGCCAGAAAAGUCACACAGAGCUGCUGCUCCUGUCAAUGCAGAACGGAAGACUGUAAGUUCAGAGUGUGUGCAGAAGAUGAAUGAACCAAUAGUCCAGCUGCCCCGUCACCCAGGACUGCCAAAGUGUGGAUCUGACCGAAGCACAACCGAGGCAGAGAGUGGAGAUGAAGAAGAGGAGUGUGAAGAAGAGGACAAGGACACGGCUGAUUUCCGUGCUCCCAUUGAGCUGCUUGCAGAGUUCCUAACUGCUGUGAUGGAAUCGAAGUACACACUCGCCAAGAAACUCUGCCAAAUGAUUCUUAUUUAUGAACCAGAAAACCCUGAGGCCAAGCACUUCCUUCCUCUAAUUGAAGAGAGACUACUGAUAGAAGAAACCCAGAAAUGCACCAGCAGUGAAGACAACACAUCUGAUGAUGAUGAUGAUGAUGAUGAUGAUGAUGAUGAAGAAAGCAGCAGUAGUAGUGGUAGUGAUGAUGAUGAUGAUGAUGAUGAUGAUGAUACAGGUACUGAUACAGAUGGAGAGAACAGCUGCUCAUCCUCAUCUGACAGAAAGGAGGAAGGCAUCAGCCAGCAGUGAAGGCCAUCUCCUAGGCAGCUGUCCAAACCUGUAUGAACAUUUUUGGGUUAUUACUGUAUUGUCCUUCACCACUCCUCAUCACAUUAUAUCCUUUAAUACUUUAAAAAUCAACCCACAACCAAAUUUAUUUAAACUUUUUUACACUUUUUUCAACAUAGGAAUGCAAAGUGUUGUUACACUGAAAGCUAUUACUUUCAGAAAAGUCCUUAUUUUAUAAUAAGAUUGUUAGAAAAGUCCUUAUACGAUUGACGAACUUUGAUAAGAUACUUUAAUAACUUUGAUGUUAACCUGUGAAAGAACAUUUUGUAACGUGUUGUUCUGUAAGUGCCAAGCAAUACUCAUUCAGAUAUACUACUCAAGACUGUGUAGCUAACAAUGCACACUAUGUAGUAUGUCUGAAAAGUAAUUGUGUAACAAUACUUGUUCAGUAUGGUACUAUGCAGUUUGGGACACAGCCCAAGACUUCAGAAAUUACAGAUAGCAUGCAUUACAAGUUUUCUGAGAAUAAAAUAACUUUAUUGUACACAUCAACAUUUCUGUCAGUUCCUGAGUACUGGAUGAAAGAGUGAAACGUCCGAACAAGAGCUUCCUGUGACUUCCUCUUGCAUAAAAAAUGAAUGUGUCACUAGCUAAGUGGCUAAAAUAUAAGAUGAAAAGGUUGCCAUUGUCCUCCAACAG